UCCAGCUGCAUUAGAGGUAGGCGUCUUAGACAUUCUUGUUCACUGUUGUUUUGACCUAUUGUUAAGUUAGUUGCUAAAUGUAUUAAGUGAGGAAUACUGAAGGAGUUACAGGCUCUCCAGGAUGGGGGACUGCUGCAUGUCCGGAGAUGACAAAGAAAGCUUUCGAAUUCAUCAAGAAAUCGAAAGGCAGCUUAAAAUGGACAGAAAAGAUGCCACUAGACAACUAAAACUCCUACUGUUGGGCACAGGUGAAAGUGGCAAGAGCACCUUCAUCAAGCAGAUGAGAAUCAUACAUGGCAAAGGCUACACAGAGGAGGACAGAAAGGCCUACACCAAUCUGGUGUUCCAGAAUGUCUUUGUUGCCAUUCAGACCCUGAUUCAAUCCAUGGAGAACCUGAACAUCCCUUUUACUGAUGCCAAAAACUCAGCUUGCACUGCAAAGCUUACAGCAGUGACAGCAGGUACAGUACACUCAAUUAGUUCUGAAUAUGCUGAAGCUAUCAAGAGUGUUUGGAAAGAUGGUGGCCUGCAGAAAUGCUAUGAACGCCGGAGAGAGUUCCAACUUUCAGACUCUGCCAAAUAUUACCUUGAUGACAUUGACAGAAUCUCUGCAGCGUUUUACUUGCCUAACCUGCAAGAUAUUCUUCGAGUCCGAAUUCCGACCACAGGCAUCAUCGAGUACAUCUUUGACCUCCAGACGGUCAUUUUCAGAAUGGUUGAUGUCGGAGGCCAAAAGUCAGAGAGACGCAAGUGGAUCCAUUGUUUUGAAAAUGUUACUUCUAUUAUCUAUCUGGUGGCCUUGAGCGAGUACGAUCAGGUCUUAUAUGAGUGUGACCAUGAGAACCGUAUGGAAGAAAGUAAAGCACUAUUUAAGACCAUCAUCACCUACCACUGGUUCCAGGAGUCCUCGAUCAUUCUUUUCCUCAAUAAGACAGACAUCCUGAAGGAGAAGAUCUCAACUUCACACCUUGCAGACUAUUUUCCAGAAUAUACAGGCCCUAAAAACGAUGCAGAUGCUGCAAUGAACUUCAUCCUGUCUAUGUAUGAGCAACAGAACUCGGACACACAGAAACCCAUCUAUGCCCAUUUUACUUGCGCAACCGACACAGAGAACAUCCGUUUUGUUUUCAUUGCUGUGAAGGACACUAUUCUAAAACACAACCUUUCGAUGUUUAACUUGGGUUAGGUGACAAAUGUGCUCUCACAGAUACACUGCCUCAAUAUUAUCAUUUCUGAUUUAACUGAAUAAACAUUUGCUCAAGGAGCCACUUCAGAACCAUCCAUGCUUGUGAUAAUGUGCAUUCUGUGAAUUUAGCAUGUAGCCUACAAUGAACUUUAUUUUUUUUAUAUUUGUCUUAUAAAACUGAAUUUCUAAGUGGGGCAUGAUUGCUUAACUAUUAGAGUAUUUUAAACCAUUUUAAACUAACUUACCUAGAUAAAAUAAUAAAUUAUAAAUGAAGACCAUGUGGUAAUCAGGGGGCUUUACAUCAGGGUUAUUCCCCUGCCCCAUUAUUAUUAUGUGGUCCACAUGUACUAUAGCUAUAUUAUGUCAUCAUUACACCGGACUCGACCGGCGCAACGUGACACGACAAGGCGUUUUCACAUCUUUGUAUCGAUUGCAUUGUUCCGAAACCGGGGGUUAAAUCGCUACAAUGUUGAAAUUUAUUUUAGUUUGGUUCGCAUUCACAAGGCAAUAUUUCCAAACGGACCAAACUUUGUUAAUGAAAGUCACGUGCGAGUAAACUCUUCGAGUAAACAGAGUGCAUCUGUUUAUUUUCCGGCCGGUAACGCGAGUGAUAAUGAGCGUCAGCUGCGCGUUGCACCCGUCUCGCAUCUCUCACGGCGGAGCUCGGGAAGCAUAUAAGGAGGAGAAGGAUGAGAGAGAACCAGGCCUGGAUUUUAUGUUAUGUUUUAUUGUGUGGCCGGCAGUCAACUGUGAGGGAGCUGUCAGCACUUUACUUUCGUUUUGUUGUCUGUUUAUUUUAUUAAAAGUUUGGUUUAACGUUCGCCGGUUCCCGCCUCCUUCCUUUGAACAUUGUUACAGGGAGCCAUUAGCAAAACAAUCCCUUUUGCGUCACGCAACUUUACAUAAUUACCCAUCAUACAUUGUGAUACAGUCUGGUUCGUUGGUCCGUUGGGUCGGAUGGCUUUCACACGUCUACCGAACCGCUCCAGAGUUCGUUUGCAAUCGGGUCGAGACCACCUUGUUCAGGAGGUCUCGGAGCGAUUGUUUUGGGGCGGAUCCUACCGUGAUUGCCGUGUUCACAUAUGCCUAAACGAAUCGAACCAAGAGAGAAAACGCACCAGGUUCCGAAACAAACCCUUAUGUGUGAAAACGCCCUUAGAAACGCAUUACAACCCAUUAAGCCCGAUUCGCAUUUCACGUCUUUUGCACACAGGUUCGAUAUUUUAAAUGUAGACAAAAAUAGACACAAAGAGAGAGUAGACGCAAACAGGGCAAAUAGGGAGCGAUGCAGUCGUGAUGCGCAUACGAUGUGGUGCAGCUUAUUGUCCCUUUUCUCAGCGACUUCCCCUGGGCAUCUCGGCAGCACCAGAGGUGUUCUAAAAGAGCAAAAUUCCUCAGCGUGGCAUGUCCCGCUGUUCUCGUGGAUGCAACACCCUUAUCGAGGAGGGGGACGGACACAAUGUCUGCCACAAGUGUUCGGGUAUCCGGCACGCUGAGGCAGCGUUUGUGGAUACGUCCUGGCCGCACUGCAGGCAGAUGACGAUCCAGACUUUGCGGUCACGGGUGGCUGUGUUCUUUAUGGACCCAGCCACCACCUCGUCUGCUUCCCGUCCCGUGACAGCAGCGGCUUCGGCCCUGCCGUCCUCCACGGCGAGGGUGAUAUGGGGAUUACCGUGAGCCUCAAUCCAUCAGCCACAGGCUCGUGGACCGUUCACGCCCCGUCUUGCUCGCCUGACGUUCUUGUUCCUCAGCCACGUAUUCGGCAACGGUACAGGAUGAUGGUGAGGUGUCCCUUGCAGCAUCGGAGGGCGACCUUCUGGCAUCUGACCACGAUGAUUCUCUGGAGCUCCCUCCCUCGGGAGGUCGAGCCCAGGAAGAGACAGACGUCGAGAUGUCAGCCAUGCUUUCCCGGGCCACCAUGAGAAUGCUGUGCGGCUCUUGUUUUCAGCGCGUUUUUAGACGCGAAAUGUGAAUCGCCCCUUAUAAUUUAAAAUUUUGUCCGGUGUAGGCACGGUGUUACACAAUAGCCUACUCAAAUGAAAUAUGACGUAUAAAAAUUCAGACGUGAUGUGACAAAACAUACAAAACUUUGAAUCUAUGCAAAUAGCAUGUAGCCACUUUCUUUGCUACCCAAAUGCAGCCACAAAUACUUUAUUUUGCUCAUUCCUACUUCAAUACUGACGGACAAAAUGUUUUUAUGUACACUGUAAUGCUGAUACCUCUGGUCUCAGCAUAUUUGGAGGUCCCGAACCUCUUUUCAUGCAAGAGAAAACCUGCUGCUAAUCCCAAAAUGUGCUAUAAAGUUGAUGUAUUCAAUAUGCUAUUUCUCUUACACAGGUUCUACGGUUUUGGGGAACAUUUGCAUCACAAUGACUAAUUAUUAUUUUUAAUGCUGUAGCUUGUGUGGUAAGGCUUAAAUGGCAAUAGCACAAAUAAUGCAGGAUGUCAGCCUGUUUUGCCAGCUGAUUGUGUGUUAACAGGGACAUAAGAAUUGAAUAGUUGAACAAUUUGAUACUUUCUAGAACUGUAACUGAGUGUAAGAUCCCUGAUUCAUUCGCAGAGAGCAAAUGUGUUCCUGUGGCCUAACUCAACUGAUAGAGCACUAUACUCCAAAUUAUAAAGUUAUGAAUCCUUGGGCAUGCUCAUAAAAAUGUACAGCAUGAAUGUACUGUAAGUUUCGU